AUGAUUGCAUGGUCACCUGAGGGAGGAGUGCAGUUUAUGGGACUUUUACCACACAGAGGCCUGUGAAGAACUGAUUUAGUCUGAGAGUGAGUACAGUGAGGAUGGAUGCGUCUCCUGGAACAAAACUUAACAAGCAGUUAACAUUCAGUUAUAAUAGUUUUGCUGGUUCAUCUGAAGUGGCUGAUGACUCGAGUGACUUCACCUGUGACUUGAAUCAAAACCACGACCUCAGCCAUCUCCCAAAGGACAUCCCUCUGAAACAGCUGGCCUCUGGUAGCCCACAUGUGUUAGACCGAGGCCUCAAAGAGACAGAGACAGACAAAGACUGCUCCAGGGAAGACACACUCGGAUGUAUCCAUGCUGUAUCUAUCACCUUUGCCAUUGGAGUGACCGUUGCUUUGCUCCUGCAUAUUUACCUGUGGGAAAGUUUGGUGUUUGUAAAAGGUGUGGUGGUGUCGGAUCACGAGCGCUGCACCACUCUCGGCCAGAGCAUCCUCCGUGAUGGUGGGUCUAGUGUGGAUGCAGCCGUCUCUGCCGCCCUGUGUUUGGGCGUUGUGCAUCCACAUGUGUCAGGUGUUGGAGGAGGUGGGGUGAUGCUGGUUCAUGACAUCCAUAAGAAUGAAACCAGGGUGAUUAAUUUUCAGGGAACUGCUCCUCAGACACUUAAAGAGGAGUUGCUGCAAAAUGUUUCAGAGCUAAAGGCUGGUCUGCAAGUGGGAGUGCCAGGUCAGCUCAGAGGGUUACACCGUGCUCACAGCCUGUACGGGAGUCUUUCAUGGGCGGAUGUGGUCACCAGAGCUGCUGCUGUUGCCAAAGAAGGUUUUAAUGUGUCGUUCAGUCUCGCUGAGGCUAUAUCGAAGUUAAAAGGUGAGCAGCUGUCGCAACGUUUCAGGGACACGUUCCUCCCAGGUGGCCGAGCUCUGCUGCCUGGUUCAUUUCUGAGGAUGUCCAGUCUGGCCGGAGUCCUCGAGGCCGGUCUGUCCAACUUCUAUGAGGGGAACUUUUCACAAGAGAUAGAGGAUGAGGUGCGAGCCAAUGGAGGGGUCCUGAGCAGAGACGACAUCAGUAACUACAGUGUACAAGUGGAGCAGCCAGAGGAAGUCCUGUACAAUGAAUUUAUUAUUCAAGUUCCUCCUCUCUCAUCUGCUGGUGCAGCGUUGGUAUCAGCGCUCAACCUUCUGGAGGGCCUCCAUCUCAAUGAGAGUAAUAUCACAGAAAAUCAAACACACCACUGGGUGGCUGAGGCUCUGAAAGGAGCUUUGGCUAUGGACAGUGGUGUGGGUGACCCUAAAUAUAACUCUUCAGUGACUGAGCUGCUCUCUGACAUGCUGAGUAAGAGUCAAGCUGAGGUGCUUCGCCAGAGGAUCAAUUCCUCCCAUACCGCUCCACCCGAGGACUCCACUGUCCACUCCCUACAGAUGGCUGGACAGGUAGCAGUCAUGGGACCUGAUGGCCUCAUAGUGUCAGUUGCAAGUUCGUUGAGCACGUCAUUCGGGAGCAGAAUCAUGACACAGUCAGGUGUUCUUCUCAACAGCCUUGUGCUUGACUUCUCCUGGCCAAACAAAACCAGAGGGCAGCUCUUAACCAACCAGAAAAACAUCAUCCAGCCAGGAGAGAGGCCCGUAUCAUCUCUUAUGCCCACCAUAGUGGUGCCAGCGAAGCAUAAAUGUGGGAUCUACAUGGCGCUAAGCAGUUCAGGUGGACAACAGCGUUUGUUUGAGAUCACCCAGGUGUUGAUCAAGGAACUGUCCCUCCAUAAAGAGACAAACGACAGCGUCUCACUGAGAAAACUCCAUCCCCAACGUCAGCCAAACAGACUUCUUGAUGACCCUGAGUUUCCAGAAGGGAGUGUGCAGCCUUUGCAUGAAAAGGGUCACGUAGUCCAGGGGAUCCUGAGGAACAACGAUAUCAUUACGGCCAUAAGAGUACCUCCAUUAUCUGAUAGUUUCUUAUAGUUUUAUUGUGCUUGUGAACUUAAUGUUUUUCAUAAAUAUCUUCCAAGAGCAUAUUCUGAAAUGGUAGUAUCCUGUUGUUGCACUGCAUGAUGUAAGGUUGUGGUUGUUUGACACUCUUAUGUUAUUGUGAUCACCAGCCAACAGAGGGUAGUCCUCCAACAAGUACUUUAUAUUAAAGAGGGCAAACUUGUCUGUUUAUAAGAAUUGUCUUAAAACUGAUUAAAGGAAUAACCCCAUCAUA